UCCAGAUGAAUCCCAUGACACAGCUGUACUACAAGAAGGCGACGUAUUCGCCGUACCGAGAUCGCAUCCCGCUGCAGAUUGUCCGGGCGGAAGUAGAGCUUUCUGCUGAGGAGAGGGCCUACCUCACUGCUGUGGAGAAAGGUGACUAUGCGGGAGUCAAACACGCGCUCCGCGAGGCGGAGGUCUACUACAACAUGGACGUGAACUGCCUGGACCCGCUGGGCCGCAGCGCGCUGCUCAUCGCCAUCGAGAACGAGAACCUGGAGAUCAUGGAGCUGCUGCUGGACCACGGCAUCCACACGGGCGACGCGCUGCUCUACGCCAUCCGCAAGGAGGUGGUGGGCGCCGUGGAGCUGCUGCUGUCGCACCGCCGGCCCAGCGGCGAGAAGCAGGUUCCCUCGCUGAUGAUGGACAGUCAGUUCUCAGAGUUCACGCCGGACAUCACGCCCAUCAUGCUCGCCGCUCACACCAACAACUACGAGAUCAUUAAGCUGCUCGUCCAGCGGAAGGUUACCAUCCCAAGACCACACCAGAUACGAUGUGACUGUGUCGAGUGUGUAUCCAGUUCAGAAGUGGACAGCCUUCGACAUUCGCGGUCUCGACUCAACAUCUACAAAGCGCUGGCCUCGCCGUCGCUCAUCGCUCUGUCCAGUGAAGAUCCGAUCCUCACCGCCUUCAGACUCGGCUGGGAGCUCAAAGAACUCAGCAAGGUGGAGAACGAGUUCCGACAGGAAUACGAGGAACUUUCGCAGCAGUGCAAGCGGUUCGCCAAGGACCUGCUGGACCAGGCGCGGAGCUCCAGAGAGCUGGAGACCAUCCUGAACCACCGGGACAACGACCAGAGCGAGGAGCUGGACCCGCGGCAGUGCCACGACCUGGCCAAGCUCAAACUGGCCAUCAAGUACCACCAGAAGGAGUUCGUGGCUCAGCCGAACUGCCAGCAGCUGCUGGCCACGCUGUGGUACGACGGCUUCCCGGGCUGGAGGCGGCGCCACUGGGUGGUCAAGCUGGUCACCUGCUUCAUCAUCGGACUGCUGUUCCCCGUCUUCUCUCUGAUCUACCUGUUGGCUCCUAAGAGUGCUGUGGGACACUUCAUCAAGAAGCCCUUCAUUAAGUUCAUCUGCCACACUGCCUCCUACCUGACCUUCCUCUUCCUGCUGCUGCUGGCCUCUCAACACAUCGCCCGCACCAACCUGCACAUGCAGGGGCCUCCGCCCACCAUCGUAGAGUGGAUGAUCCUGCCCUGGGUCCUCGGAUUCAUCUGGGCUGAGAUUAAGGAGAUGUGGGACGGCGGAUUCACAGAGUACAUCCACGACUGGUGGAACCUGAUGGACUUCGCCAUGAACUCGCUGUACCUGGCCACCAUCUCCCUGAAGAUCGUGGCCUAUGUCAAGUACAACUCGUCCCGUCCCCGGGAGGAGUGGGAGAUGUGGCACCCCACGCUCAUCGCCGAGGCUCUCUUCGCCAUCGCCAACAUCUUCAGCUCGCUCAGACUCAUCUCGCUCUUCACCGCCAACUCCCACCUGGGGCCGCUGCAGAUCUCGCUGGGCCGGAUGCUGCUGGACAUCCUCAAGUUCCUCUUCAUCUACUGCUUGGUCCUGCUGGCAUUCGCUAACGGCCUCAACCAGCUGUACUUCUAUUACGAGACGACGGCGUCAGAAGAGCCCAACAACUGCAAAGGCAUUCGCUGCGAGAGGCAGAACAACGCCUUCUCUACGUUAUUUGAGACGCUCCAGUCUCUCUUCUGGUCCAUAUUCGGGCUCCUGAACCUCUACGUGACCAACGUGAAGGCCCGGCACGAGUUCACGGAGUUUGUGGGCGCCACCAUGUUCGGAACGUACAACGUCAUCUCGCUGGUGGUUCUGCUCAACAUGCUGAUCGCCAUGAUGAACAACUCCUACCAGCUCAUCGCUGAUCACGCCGACAUCGAGUGGAAGUUCGCUCGCACCAAGCUGUGGAUGAGCUACUUCGACGAGGGCGGCACGCUGCCGCCCCCGUUCAACAUCAUCCCCAGCCCCAAGUCCAUCUGGUACCUGCUCAUGUGGCUCCACAACAAGCUGUGCAGGAGGGGCCAGCCGCCCGGGGAGGACACGCACAAAUGUGAGAACCUGCGAGAGUUCACGGAGCGACACGCCGACAGCCUGAUCCAGAACCAGCAUUACCAGGAAGUGAUCCGGAGCCUGGUGAAGAGAUACGUGGCGGCCAUGAUUCGCAGUGCCAAGACGGACGAGGGCCUGACGGAAGAAAACUUCAAGGAGUUAAAGCAGGACAUCUCCAGUUUCCGAUACGAGGUCCUGGAUCUACUCGGCAAUCGGCGUCCUCCCCGGCGUCACUACUCCUCCUCCAGUGAGACGACGAGAGACGACGGCGCCAUGGCGUCCGAGGACGACAGCGAGUCUGGCGACGGCGGCGGUGGCGGCGUGGGAGUGACGAGGUCGAAGAGCGUCACCUUCGCCACUCCGGAGGAGGGCGACGGGCAGCCCGAUCCCAACCUGGGCGUGUCGGCGCUGGUGCGCUCCAUCUCCGGGAUGACCCAGAUUCAGCGGGGGGAUGAGGACGAGGAGGGCGAGCUGGAGGAGGGCAUCGGAUGGGGGGAAGAGGAGGAGGAUGAGGAGGGGAAACCAAAGAGCAACGGGCUGAAGACGACCGUGAUCUCUCCGUCCUCCACCACCGUCCUCCCCUCGCCGUCGUCGUCCUUCUCUUCCUUCACGUCGUCGCUGAGUCGCACCAGGAGCCGCCUGCAGCGCCUCUCAGCCCCGAGGGCGAAGGCGGACUCUUUCAAACGCCUUUCCUACCUGUUCUCCCGCUCCAAGCGCAAAGCCCCGCCCAUGCCCCUCCCCCUACAGUCCCCGCCAUCGUACACCAUCUCCGACGGGCUGCUCCGCCCGCUGGGGAGCCACAGCCACCCCGACUUCGGACUCAGCGACGUGACCCGGAGCGAGACGCACCUGAACGAGGUGGGCCGCUCCGUCGACCUGGGCAACCCGUCGUUCUCGCCGCGGCGGACGAACGGGCGGGACUCGCUUCUGACGCUGCCCCUCCCCCCGCCGUGCCCCUGCCAAUCCCUGCACUGUGCUUCCAACAUGUCCGAGUCCAGCUCGCGCCUCCUGGACUCCAGCGAGGACGUUUUCCAGGGCGGCAGCGUGGGCGGAGGGGGCGAGGGCGGCGUGGGCGGAGGGGGAGGCGGGGGCGGAGGAAGCGGGGGAGGCGGGGUGAUGAUGAUGGGCGGGUGGGUGGGACCCUGUGAUGAUGUCAUAGAGGACAGCUGUGAGGUCAUAGAGGACUCCGUCACCACACAGCUAUAGGAGAGACGGAAGACGGCAAAACUCUUUCAUUUUAUUUUGUUGGAUUCUUGGGG